AUGUCACCGAUUUCAUCUGAGUCGCCGGUGGAGGGUGAGAUCUCGAUGUCCAAGCAGGAGGUCUUCGAUGAGAAGAGCGGUAUUACUGUGCUUGCCGGCAAAGAUGGAAACACCGUAACAGCGGACGAUGUUGCAGACGACAAUGAUGGUGACAGUGGAAAUGCCAUUAUAAUAACCGGAGCUGAUGCUGCUAUCCAUCUUUUACCACUGCGAGAUGACUUUGAUCCAGUUUUGACAUUUCGGAGCAUUGUGCUAGCAUCCGGCCUUGCUUGCUUCCAGGCCGUAAUGAACCAGAUCUACCAAUUCAAACCUACCUUGGUCACGAUCCAGGGAACCUUCAUUGUCCUCAUCUCCUACUUUGUUGGUAAUGCCUGGGCUAAACUCCUUCCGCGUGGUGAGAAAUUUGAGGCUCGCUGGAGAGCAAAGCGAGGUCAGGGUAGCAGCCUUCCUUGGUGGAUCAAAGUCAUCAAAUUUGUGAACUAUGGGCCGUGGGGUCUAAAAGAGCACGCGAUUUGUGCGAUUACAGCCACUUCAGCCUCAAAUGCCUCUACAACUUCGACAGUAUUUGCGGCACAAGAGCUCUACUAUGACCUUAAAAUAAGCGCAACCACCAUCAUCUUGAGUAUGAUCUCUAUCGGCCUAUUCGGGUACGGCCUCUGUGGACUGUUGCGUCCCAUUGCUGUCUGGCACUCUGAGGCUGUCUACUGGAGUACUCUGCCUACCGUGAAGACACUCCAAGGACUUCACUGGCAGCAGGUAAAAAACUCUAAGCCACUGAGAUACUUCUGGUAUGCCUUUAGUGGCAUGUCACUGUAUGAGAUCAUUCCGGCCUACAUCUUCCCCUGGCUUAACUCUGUUUCUAUACCGUGUUUGGCUGCUCAAAAGGCAACUGGUAGCAAGGCUGCAGUCCUUACCAACCUCUUUGGUGGAGCCACAAAUAACGAGGGUCUUGGCCUUUUCUCGAUUUCUUUGGACUGGCAAUAUCUCACCUCUUUCCAAACCUCCCUGCCACUGAAACUGCAAGUUCAUCAAGCCUUGGGUCUCUUCACCUGUUUUAUUGCAAUGCUAGGUAUCUAUUAUGGCAAUGGGUGGAACUCGCGAUCGCUUCCUUUCAUGUCCACAAGAAUGCUUAUGAGCAAUGGUACGGCGUAUCCCAUUAAUGAAGUGUUCCCCGGUGGUGUACUAGAUGAAACAGCCUUGGCCAAUUUUGGCUUGCCCAAGCUUACUGGAACGUUCGCAUUCGCGUUGUUUAUGGCGAACGCUGCAAUUGGUGCUCUUAUCGUUCAUUGCUUUCUUUUCUGGGGCAAAGAUAUCAAGCGGGCUUAUCAAAGCGCAAGGGAGGGUAGAUUCGACGAUCGGCACCAUGCUCACAUGGCUAAGCAUUACAAAGAAGUGUCAUGGUGGUGGUACGUUUUGGUACUCGUCAUCAGCUUCGUCUUGGGCCUCAUCGUUGUUCUCAAAGAGAACAUCACCCUUCCAGCUUGGGCGUAUGUUGUCUCUCUACUGGUUGGAAUCGUCAUUUCCCCUUUCAGUACUAUCCUAUACUCUCGGUACGGUAAUGGCAUUGCCACAAACAAUAUUUCAAAGAUGUUUGCGGGUUUGAUGCUUCCUGGGCGCCCCAUCGGCAAUAUGUACUUUGCCGCUUGGUCGCAUAACGUCAUUACAAACUGUGUCAACCUUUCCAAUGACUUGAAGAUGGGAGAGUACCUCAAGAUUCCGCCUUUAAUCAUGUUCGUUACCCAGAUUUACGGCACUAUUCUUGGUGGUUUCAUCAAUUACGCUGUCAUGAUAUCCAUCGUGACUAGCAACCGAGCCCUGCUUGUAGAUGGAAACGGGAACUCCUCGUGGAGCGGCGCUACCGUUCAAUCCUUCAAUACUAACGCGGCCUCUUGGGCUCUCGCGCCUUAUAUUUACAAGAUCGGCACUCCAUAUGGCGCUGUGCCAAUCGGUAUCGUUGUCGGUGCAGCGGUUGUCGUUGUUCAUCGUAUUAUCUACCAGUUCAUACCCAAAAUUGGCAAAUUUGACCUCUCAGAAAUCAACAUGCCCCAAUUCAUUCAAUACGCCGGUUUUAUCCCUUAUAACCAAAGCCAGACAUGUGUGCUUGCUACUUGGAUCUUUGGCGGCUUCUAUGUCCAGUACUACCUUCGAAAUUACCGCCCACGUAUCUUCAGAGACUACUCAUAUUUGAUCACGGGUGCCUUUGACGGCGCGAGUCUGACAGUUCUCUUCAUUCUAUCCUUCGCGGUCUUUGGCGCCGGUGGACCGGCACAUUCUUUCCCCUCGUGGUGGGGAAAUAAUGUGAAUGGAAACUAUGAUUGGUGUCCAACAUCAGACUAG